CUCUGUCAGCUGGAGCUGCUUGUCUGUCUAUUUGUCAUAAGAUUCCGGAGGGAAGAUCACAUGUUUCCCUUAUUCAAAAAAAACCCUGAGUGAGCUAGCUGCAUUUGAUCAUGUGAUAUUCUGUCUGGGCUGCUGAGCUGUUGUGUGCGUGCCCGCUGCUGUCGAAUGCAGUGAAGUGGAGAGAGAGAAUUGAGUGUAGACUGGGGCUGCUGGCCCGUGGAGGACGGUGGAUGGGGGAAAUCUUUCCCCCGCUCCCCUGCUGUCUCGGUGCCAGAAGCUGGCAUCCUGGCCCCUCGAGGGCCUGUGUGUAAUGGAGCAACCGCUGCAAACUGUCGCAGUGGACAGCUAGGUGUGGUGGGGUGAGGGGAAGCCCCCACUACUAUGUGGAAACGGAAAUCUGCUGUCCUAACCUGGUCUGGCCUACAUGUGACUUCAGACACAGGAUCAGAAGCUAACUGCUGGGAGCCAGUUUUUGGCCAGUAAAACUGUGCUCAGCACCUGGAAGGAGGCAAUGCCUGGGGACGAUGAAGCAGGAUCUGAGCAGCAUGCAGCAAAAGCUCAGCAGGAAGCUUCUGAACCCAUGAGCGAAGAGAUGCUUCGCAAUGCAUACCACCUCUCCCGGCUGCGGAGUUCCUCUGUGGAAAUACGGGAGAAAGGAUCAGAACGGCUGAAGGAGGAGCUGGCAAAGGCGCAGAGGGAGCUGAAGCUCAAGGAUGAAGAAUGUGAGAAACUAUCUAAAGUGCGGGAGCAAUUGGAGCAGGAACUGGAGGAGCUGACAGCCAGUCUCUUUGAGGAAGCGCAUAAGAUGGUGCGGGAAGCAAACACUAAACAGGCCACAGCUGAGAAGCAACUCAGAGAAGCCCAAGGCAAGAUUGACAUGCUUUUGGCUGAGGUAACAGCACUGAAGACCCUUGUGAUUACAUCUACACCAUCUUCUCCGAAUAGGGAGCUGCACCCCCAGCUCCAGAGCCCCUCUAAGGUGGUCUUUAAGAAGGGCCAUAGUCGCAACAAAAGCUUGAGUAGUGCCAUUGUGACGGCAGCGACACAGAAUACCCAGUUAAAGCCAGUCAGCAAAGAUGGUAGGGAGAUCGACCUGAUUUUAUUUGAGGAGUUCCAAUCGUGGAAGGAGGAUCCGACCCUGGAUAAGGCUUGUCCAUUUCUGGAGAGGAUUUACCAGGAAGAUAUCAGCCCAUGUCUCUCCUUUGCCAAACAUGAGCUGACUGAAGCAGUCCAAGCUGCUGUGGAGAACAAUACUUUGAGUAUUGAGCCAGCUGCUGCCCAGGCAUUACCAGUCGUCAAGGCCUCAGCAAUAGAGUGUGGAGGACCAAAUGGGUGGCGGGCUGAAGUGUUGACGAAAUGUGCACUGAGUGGCCUAUCCAGAACAUGUAAGCAUCGCAUCAAACUGGGGGACUCUGGAAAUUAUUUCUACAUUUCACCAUCCUGCAGGUCCAGGAUUACUGCUGUUUGCAAUUUCUUCACAUAUAUUCGUUAUAUCCAACAAGGUUUAGUCCGACAAGAUGUGGAACAGAUGUACUGGGAAGUGAUGAAGCUGAGGAAGGAAAUGUCUAAUGCUAAACUAGGAUACUACACCGAGGAGUCUUAAUCUCUGGGUUGAUGCCCCAGAUUCAGAAUUAAGCUUCAAGUCAAGGGGCCAUUAAUUUAAACAAUGGAUUUAAACAAUAUGGAAAAUGCCAUCACAAAUAAGAGCAGGAAAUGAACAAGAAGCAUGGUGAUAUUCCCAGGGUGGAUGAAUGACUGCCUCCGUGACCUGGGCUAUAUUAGAAGUUAUGUUAAAUGCCAAGACGUGACUAUGGAAAAUAUACAGGGUAAUCUUAUCUCAUUAGCCAUUGAUCAAAGGUCUCAUAAUUUGGAUCUUUGUUGCAACAACCAAGAAUUGUAAAACCACCACAAACCUUUGUGCCUGUUAGGCCUCAGCGGCUUAAUUCCUUUUGGUAAACUGGUAUAAAAUGGAGAAAAGUGGGUCUUGGAGGACCAUUUUGAAGGAAAAGUAAGUUUCUUCCUUUUCAAUGUAAUAAUAGCGGAACAUUGGACUUCAAGCUAGGGCAUUAAGCCCAGCCAUGAUUGCAGCAAUUUGAUUUUUUAAUUUCCCUUCUCUGAGGUGCUAUUCACCAGCUAUUUUCUGUUUUUGGAAGGAAUACAUGGGUAGGGCCAGUUUUGAGUUGAUUAAAAUAGUCCUGUUACAUCACAUCAGAUAGCAGCAAUGAUGUGGCAGUGAUCUACAGUACAAGUAUAGAGACUGAUCCCUAAACCACCCACUGCCUCCUCCCCUAACUAGAUAGUGGAAAGGCCACUUACUCCCACAGAAGAAUUCUUCAACAAACUGGGAAGGAGGGAUUUGGGUGGGGGGGUGGGAUGUGGGGUUGGUGGUGAUAGAUGACAUUUCAUGCAUCUAUGUUGCACUUGUGCUAGUGCAAGGGAUGCUUAAUUGGAUGAAGGUCUCAUGGAUUACCAUGACUAUGAAGUAUCUCAGUCAAUGAUCUGAUCCUAUCAAUUCCAUGAAUCAUUGAGAUGGCCAUCGUGCUUUCUGCCAGCUCCUGUAACUCUUUGUCACUGUUCCUUUCACAGUCCCACAAAAUAUAUCUUCAACUGUCCAUGCUGUCAUCUUCCAGCUGAGAGCCAUUCGGCUAUGACCUGUUGGUUUGUUCAUGUGCAGUGCAUUCCAUUAUUGUACACAGACUACUCCAUUUUCAGUAUUUAUUGUGUUGGACAGUUUAAACUACCAGCUGAUACUCAGUGAUGUUUGGAAGCAUUGACUUUGCUCCUGUACGUCUGUAAGUCUUGGCUCUAUACAAACAUGGACUGUACACUAGCCAUCCAUACUCUUCCGUUCACAUUCCACAAUGUAUCUCUCCUCUUCCACAACCGUACAAUGAUGUUUUUGCAUCCCUUCCUUUUUGGAUGCACUGACGCCAUGAUGACCAGUCUCCUAAGCAAUAAAUGUUGUGACUAAGUAAUGACUCCAAAUGCCUCAUUGUGCGGCACAGAAUACUGAGGAUGGGAGCCUAGACUUUCAGUUCUUAAUCUUUGAUUACAAACUGGCUUGAGCCAAGUAUCAUUCUUCUACAUGUUUAACUUGUACUAGAGUAUUAUAAUCACUACAAAAUUCCUUAUAAUCCAUACAUUACUAUUAAAGGAGCACCAUCAAAUGUUUGGCAAACAUUAAUCUUAAAAUUAAUUUAUGCCAAGUUUCAUCCUUGUCUUCAAAGUGAAGUCUCCUGACAGCAAUUGUUGCCGUCAGCAUUGGACCUAAGUGAUUGCUGUCAGGCAGUUCAAAUGUCAAGAUUCACAAGUGGCCUGCUCUCCUCCUCUUAACCACAGAUAUACUUUCCAGCGGGGGUUUGCUGGAUAGUAAUAGGGAGACAGGACUCAUGGCUGUACAAUCAGUUCUGAAAGGUCGCUGGACCCGAAACACCAACUCUUGUUUUCUCUCCACAGAUGCUACCAAACCUGCUGAGUUUUUCCAGCAGUUUGUUUUUUGUUUGAUUUCCAGCAUCCAGUGUUUUUUUUUUGUUGUAAAAAUAUCUAAUUGUGAGAGAGCUCAAAUGCCCAAAAUGACAGUAUUUCCUUUCCCCUUUUCCAUACCCUGCAAAAGAGAGGUGUUUGCCAAACACCUUUCCUAAAGGAUGUGCUCCUUUAAACUGCAUGGUGCAUGCUUAAAAUUUUUUUAAUGACUUUUUUUCAGGUAUCAUUAAUUCCAGUGUUUAUUGUGGGGAAUUGUUCACCACUUGCCAAUCUAAUGAUUAUUGGACGUGGGGGAUCCAUGCCUCCCUGAAAAUCAGUUGGAACUUUCCUUCAAUGGGCUGGACUGACUGCAUAGUUGUAUAAAUGUCUACUAUGUUUCUACAAUGUAUGAAUAAAUACUAAUUAUAAAACUGACAA